UCCACGUUCUGCUUUCUUGUGCUUCGUUCUCUCAUUUACAUUUUGUCUAUAUCGAGGAGUUUCUGGAACUAUGCACAGAGUAGCCUUUUCCGCUGGCCGUUCGGUCAACACAGCUAGCAAGAUUUCGAGUUUGAGAACUUUUGCAUCAGUAAGCUCCGCUUCAAAAAACCACAGAGUUGUUGUCGUUGGUGGUGGAUCUGCUGGUCUGGCAAUCAGUCACCAGCUCCUCCGUACCGGAAAAUUUACACAGGACGACAUUGCCAUCGUGGAUCCUGCGGCCUACCAUGAUUACCAGCCUGGAUGGACACUGGUCGGUGGCGGCCUGAAGACCAAGGAGGAAUUGAGGAAGCCUAUGAGCAGUCUUGUGGACUCUAAGCUGAAGCUGUACAACCAAGGAGUCGGUAGCUUUGCUCCUGAGGAGAAUCUGGUCACACUCGGCAACGGUGAUAAAGUAGGGUACGAGCACUUGGUUGUGGCACCUGGAAUUGGCAUCAAGUACGACAACAUCAAGGGACUGCCCGAAGCAUUGGCAGAUCAGUCAACACCAGUCUCCACCAUCUACGGCUACGAGACUUGCGACAAGGUCUUCCGCAACAUCAAGGAGUUCCGUGGUGGUGAAGCCCUUUUCACUCUCCCUACUGGUGUUGUGAAGUGCGCUGGUGCACCGCAAAAGGCCAUGUGGCUCGCUCUGGACCACUGGAAGAAGGCCGGUCUCUAUGAUCCCAGUAAUGUCGCCAACUCACCCAUCAAGAUCAGUUUCGCAACUGCUUUGCCCGUCAUGUUUGGUGUGCCAAAGUACAGCGCUACUCUCGAGCAGCUGCGUAAGGAGCGUGGUGUCGAGGCCAUGUUCCAGCACGAUCUGGUCGAGAUCAACGGCGACAAGGCCAUUUUUGCCCGUCUUGACGGCAGCGAGGAGAAGGUGUCCAAGCGCUUCGAUCUACUUCAUGUAGUCCCUAAGAUGGGACCUCACGCCUUCAUCAAGGACAGCCCUUUGGCCAACGCAGCUGGGUUCGUUGAUGUCGAAGACGCCACUCUUCGCCACAAGAAGUUCUCAAACGUCUGGUCAGCAGGUGAUGCAUCUUCAUUGCCUACCGCCAAGACUGCUGCUGCUGUUACUUCUCAAGCUCCUGUACUGGUCCAGAACAUGCUGCUAUCCAUUGAAGGCAAGGAGCUCAACGCCGCCUAUGACGGAUACACAUCUUGCCCUCUGUUGACCGAGUACGGCAAGGUUUUGCUCGCCGAGUUCAAGUACGGUGGUCAGCCGAAGGAGACAUUCGCCAAGUUCGGUGUCGAUCAGGCUGUUCCCCGCCGUGCUUUCUACCACCUCAAGAAGGAUUUCUUCCCUUGGGUGUACUAUAACAACAUGGUCAAGGGUACUUGGGGCGGUCCCAAGGGUUGGGUUUGGUAGAGAGUUCAUCAUGUUCAGAUGAGGAGCGCUGUUCUUGAUUUUGGUAACAUUUGCAUUUGUUGGAUGGAUUGAUCUGGAGCGAAUCAUGAAUGGGGUGUUAUAUUGUACAUACAUAGAGGACAUAAAAGUUAUAG